AUGUAUGAUGAUGAAACUAUUGAUAAUGACAACAACGAUGAAGAACACUUUCAAAUUCAAUCAGUUGAAGACGACAAAAAAUAUGUACUCGUUAACACACGAAUUGAUUAUCAAUAUCGCUCCGAUAAUCUCAACAGAAUGUGCUUAUAUGACUUUGUUAGCAUAUUCUAUAAGAAAAAAAUGAAUUCUACAGAUCUGAAAUAUUUAUCAAAGAUAGCGGGAUCAAUAGAAGAAAAAAUUACCCAAAAAGGUCGACCACCUAAUGAACGAUUUCUUUUUCAAAAACAGCAUCCUCAGGCUACAACAUAUUUAAUGAUGAAAUACAGUGAACCUCAUGUGCCUGUUCUCUAUGGUCCUCAGAUACCUCGACAAGAUCGUGAUGAUACUCGAGAACGAUAUUGUCGGGCUAUGCUCACACUUUUCGUACCCUGGCGUACUGUGACUGAUCUUUGUGACAUCAGUCAGACAUGGGAAGAUGCAUUUAAAUGUCGACAACAUCUUAUUUUGAGUAAUUCGUGGACAAUAAUAGAAAACAUUCAACUUUUGCAUGAAUGUAAAAAGGACCGCGAUGAUCAUUUACUUCAAGUUAUCGCCGAAGCACAGACCGACAAUGGCUUAGUCGAUCCUGUACUGAUACCGACUAAUCAAGUCGAUGGUGAAUAUGGCACUGAUGAUAGUGACGAUUUACUUGAAUUAUUAGGUAAUUUGGAUGAAAACACAGUUGCUAUGUUCAAUGCUACAAAAAACUCAACAGAAAACAAAUAUGUUGAAGAAACAAUCGAAGCAGUCAAGAAUGUCGGAAGAUUUAACAGUGUGAACAGUAAGUAUUAUUUGAAUGUGAUCUGUAGGUUCGACAGUAAUCGUAAAAAAUUUGUUGCAGCAUAUGGCCAAUAUUCUUUACAUGAACAGAGCGAUCAUAUCGAUCAAUCAUUGGUACCAUUCAUUUCUGCAACACCUAAUCUUGUUCGGUUAAAUACAAAGUGGCAAGAACAGCUGAAAACUGAGAAAGAACAGAUUAGAAGAGGUUUGAUUACGGGCAACUUUGACAAAGACAAUGAUGAUAUGUUGAAUUUGGAUACUGCAAGAAGUGCUGUUGCCACUGUAGUGACUCUAAACAAUAUGAAUAUUAAUACGAAGAUAUGCGAAAACUAUGGUUCGAUUCCUCCAGUAAUAUCAGUCAAAGCGAACUCUUGUACUCAGAAGAGUGUUGCCGAUGAAUUUACACUGAACCGAGAACAACGGGCGGCAUUUAUGAUUAUAACAGGUCAUCUUGAUGGUGAUAGCCGUUGUCGUACAGGUAAUCUUUAUAAAAGUAGUCGUCAUAUAUUGAAGUACAUUAUAUUUUUAGGUGACAAUAAUGGUCAGCUUUUAAUGUGCGUACCUGGAUGUGGUGGUACAGGCAAAUCACAAUUGAUUCGUGCCCUUACCAAAUACUUUUUAGUUACAAAAAGAAUACAAAUGAUACGGAAGUUAGCACCUACUGGUAUUGCUGCUGCUGAAAUCGAUGGCAUGACCGUCCAUUCAUUUUUGGGUGAACAGCGUAACUCAGGAAAGGCGCGUACGAUUAAACCAGGCGAUUCAAAACUCGAGAAAGAAUGGGCUCUCGUUGAAUACCUCGUAAUUGAUGAGAUGAGUAUGGUUGGUUUAAUUCUACUUGCGAAACUCAACCGAAUUAUAUGUGCUGCAAAACAUACUGACCCUCAAGUUCCAUUUGGUGGUGUAAAUGUCAUCUUCUUCGGCGAUUACUUACAAUAUCGACCUGUGUAUGAUGUACCCCUACAUACAGAUUUCUCUUUACCGGUCAAAAGUAAAUCGAACAAGAUACCAACUGAAAAACAAAUCCAACAACGUGUUGCACGUUCUUUAAUUCUUCAAAUCAAUUGUGUGGUCAAACUUACACAACAGAUGAGAACAGAAGAUCUACGUUAUCUUCAGCUACUCGAACGACUUCGUCAUGGAGAAUGUAACUACGAUGACUACGAAUUAUUGUUAACACGAGUAGUGGGUCAAUCUUCCGUACCCUUGUUAAGUGAUUCACCAUGGAAUAAAGCUCCGAUUCUCGUAUUUCGUAAUGAAGUACGAACGCAAUUAAACCAUAAGGCAGUUAAUCACAAAGCAGAACAAGUGGGACAAACACCUAUAAUAUGCGUUGCCCAAGACACCUGCAAAAGCAAACCAAUUGAAGAUCGAGCACUGAUUAAAAAAUUAUUAGAAUUAUCUGAUAGCAAAACGGAGCAUCUACCAGGUCUAUUACCUCUUGUUCCUGGAAUGCCUGUAAUUUUAACGCAAAAUAUUGCAAUUGAAUUGGGGCUUAUCAAUGAGUGCACGAUAUGUCCAUCGACCUUUGUACGCCUUGGUGGAAAUUACCAAAUCANAUACUGGAAUGCUAAUGGAGGUGAUAAAAAAACGUGCCGAAUGCGUAUGCCGCGUAAAUUAGUAUCCAAUUCAACAAUUGAUCCUGCUACUGGGAAUAUUUGUAUGCGACGAUCCGAUCCUUGGAUCAAUAAUUUUAAUGAAUAUCUCAUCGCAGCUUGCCGCUCAAAUAUGGACAUUAAAUUUAUUUGGAGUGGUAGUGAUGCAAAGGCUCUUGUUUAUUAUAUUACUGAUUAUGUGACAAAAACGAGUCUCUCGUUUCAUGAUACAUUUUCUUUGGUACAAAAAAGCAUCACAUCAGUCCAGAAUUUAUGGAAUCAAACUAAUAACGAAAGUGCAAUCGAAAAGUCUCGCAAACUCGUUCUGCGCUGUUAUAAUAUGCUUGCUUCUCAACAAGAACUAUCUGGCGUUCAAGUAGCUUCUUAUCUUAUGAAUUGGGAUGAUCACUAUACAACGCACAGAUUUCAAGAUCUCUUUUUAAUUCAAACUGAACGAUUUUUACAAGCUCAACUAAAUGAAACGCGUGCUCAACAAAAAUUGGAAACUGCAGCACAGAGUGAGUAUAGUAAUCUCUGA